AAUAGUAUAUAUAGUGGAAAAAAUUUAAAACUUACUUCUCAACAUUCGUUUUGGUUGAAUGACGUUGUUUGUGGGGGAAAUGAAACUAGGUUGGAGGAUUGUGGACAUUCAACUUGGGGACAGAGCAAUUGUAGCAGUGCUGGAGAAGUUGGAGUUAAGUGUGAACCAUCAGUGCGUUUAAUAGGAAACAAUGGUAAUUCAGAUGGUCGUUUAGAGGUUCUUCAUGACGGUAUUUGGAAAAACGUGUGUGGUGACAAAUUCGAUAAAGUGGAUGCACAAGUUGUAUGUCGACAGUUAGGAUUUCUAGACCCUCAAAGACUUGAUUCAGUUGAUAUUUAUGUUACUGGUAAUAAGUCAUGGAUUAUAAACAAUGGUGAUUACUGGUUAGAUGAAUUGGGUUGUCAAGGAUAUGAAAGUUGGAUUGAAGACUGUAGUCAGUCUGUGUGGGGACAAACUAACUGUAGUAGUGAUGGUGUGGUAGGAGUCAAGUGUGAACAAACUGUUCGUUUAAUUGGAGAACCGGAACGGGCAGGUGGUCGUUUGGAAGUUCGCCAUGAUGGUAUCUGGAAGAAUGUAUGUGAUGAUAACUUUGAUAAAAAUGCUGCACAAGUUGUUUGUCGACAAUUAGGAUUACUGAAUACUUAUAGACCUCAGGAGGUUGAUAUUUAUUCGGUUGGUAAUAAUACAUGGUUGGUAAAUAAUGGUUCAUAUUGGUUGGAUGAAGUCAAUUGCCGGGGAAAUGAAAGCAGACUAGAAGAUUGUGGACAUAAAGGUUGGGGUGAGACUGACUGUUAUGUAACUGAGGCAGUUGGGGUGAAGUGUGCCGAUAUUGAGAUGAGAGUAAGGUUGCAUAAAGACCAUUUUAUUUCAAAUUUGGUGGAACUAUAUUACAAUGGAGAAUGGCGUGGUGUUUGUGCACAAGAAUAUACUGAAGAAUUUGGGAUGGUUGUUUGUUAUUAUCUUGGAUAUAAUGAAAGUGUGUUACCGCAAUUAAUGCCUCCGAUGGUAUCCAGAAGACCCCUCUUACCUAUUGUAUUCAACUGUUCCGGUAACGAACAAAGACCUAUUGACUGUCCACAAUAUAACCGAUCGGAAAAUUGCAUUAUUCGUAUGAGAAUGAGAGUGAGAUGCAUUUUGAAGUUAAAUUGGAUUUAGCUGGACUACACCGUAUGAUUCCGGAUUUUAAAGAUCACGAUUUUACACUUGGAAAUAAGUGUACUGGUCGACGUGAAGGUAAUACUUCACUGGUAUUCCGUCCUAGUUUUAACUCUUGUUCCACUCAGACG